AUGGCAUACUUAAUCAAUCUUCUUGUAUUGUUACCCCCACAACAAAAUGGAGUAGUUGAACGUAAAAAUCGUUAUCUUAUGGACGUAGCCCGUGCUUUACUAUUUGAAAUGAAAAUUCCUAAAACUUUUUGGGCUGAUGCUGUUCUUACUGCUACAUAUUUAAUUAAUUGCAUGGCAUUAUCUGUGUUACAUGUCUUCAUCUUUGUCCAAUCUACACAUCCUGUUACACCUCUGGCUCCUAUUGAUACAGGUAAGAGAUCUUGCACAUAUCCUAUUUCUUCUUAUGUGACGUCUGCUCAUUUAUCCUUUACGUCUAAAUCCUUCAUGGCUGGUGUAGACUCUCUCUCUGUUCCUAAGACCCUUGCAGAUGUCCUCAGUCAUGAUGGUUGGAGACAUGCUAUGGAAGAAGAAAUGUUGACUCUUGAGACAAAUGAUACUUGGGAUUUGUUUCCUCUUCCCAAGGACAAACAGACUAUUGGUUGCACGCCUUAUUGCAAAAAGCUAGAUGUCAAGAAUGCAUUCUUACAUGAAGACUUACAAGAGGAGGUGUACAUCGAGCGAUCACCUGGCUUUGUUGCUCAGGUAGAGUGUGGAAGAGUAUGUCGCUUAAAGAAGUCAGUUUAUGGCUUGAAACAAUCACCUAGAGCAUGGUUUGGGAGAUUUAGUGACAUGAUUCUGGAAUUUGAAUUAGUAAGGAGUAGUGACAAAGAAGAAAUUGGCAACUUAAGAAAAUUUCUUCAAACCAAGUUUCAGAUAAAAGACUUAGGAAUUCUGAAAUACUUCUUGUUAGUUUAUGUCAUCUUCGACGAAUACUCAUUGGAAGCACUAAUCCGCUUUGUGAUGUAUUUGAACAAAGCAACAGGAAAAGGAUUUGUGUACAAAGAUCAUGGACAUGCACAGAUAGAGGCAUUUUCUGAUGCUGAUUGGGCAGGACCUAUGGACAGAAAAUCUACUAUCGGAUAUUGUGUGUUCUUGGGAGAAAUUAUGUCAAAUGAAAAGGCUAAAUCACUUCCAUCUAUAGAGCAACCUCCCACAUUAGAGUUAAAGCCUCUACCGGAGCAUUUGAAAUAUGUCUAUUUGGAACCAAAUGAAAAGCUCCCAGUUAUCAUCUCCACCAAGCUUGAUAGUGAUCAAGAGGAGAAGUUGCUAGAAGUGAUAAAAAAGCACAAAAGAGCCAUUGGGUGGACACUUGCUGAUAUACCAGGAAUUAGUCCCUCCAUGUGCAUGCAUAGAAUUUUGUUAGAAGAAGAUGCUAAACCGGUGAGACAACCUCAAAGGAGGGUGAAUCCCAUCAUCCUAGAUGUGAAAUCUGGACUUACAGUGGUCAGGAAUGAGAAGAAUGAAAUGAUACCCACCAGAGUCCAGAACAGCUGGAGAGUCUGCAUAGACUACCGGCGGCUGAACCAGGCCACAAGGAAGGACCACUUUCCAUUACCUUUCAUUGAUCAAAUGCUUGAAAGAUUGGCAGGUAAAUCCCACUAUUGCUUUCUAGAUGGUUACUCUGGUUAUUUUCAAAUUUGUAUUGCCCCUCAAGACCAGGAGAAAACCACAUUUACAUGUCCCUUUGGCACCUUCGCUUAUCGAAGAAUGCCUUUUGGCCUAUGUAAUGCUCCUGGCACAUUCCAGAGAUGCAUGUUGAGUAUUUUUUCUGAUUUAGUGGAGCAUUGCAUAGAGGUAUUCAUGGAUGAUUUCAUAGUUUAUGGCACCUCCUUUCAUGCAUGUUUAGUCAAUUUAGAAAAAGUCUUGAAGAGGUGUAUUGAAACUAACCUUGUACUUAACUUUGAGAAAUGCCAUUUCAUGGUAGAGCAGGGUGUAGUUCUAGGACACAUAAUCUCUGAAAAAGGUAUUGAGGUUGAUCCUGCAAAAUUGGAUGUUAUUUCACACCUUCCUUACCCCUCAUACGUGAGGGAGGUUCGUUCUUUUUUGGGCCAUGCAGGAUUUUACAGGAGGUUUAUCCAGAAUUUUUCCAAGAUUGCAAUUCCUCUUUCAAAGCUGCUGCAAAAAGAUGUUGAAUUCGACUUUGAUGAGGACUGCAAGGAGGCUUUCAACUUCCUUAAAAAAGCCUUAACCACCACACCAAUCAUCCAACCUCCAGAUUGGUCAAUACCCUUUGAGCUGAUGUGUGAUGCCUCAAAUUAUGCAGUGGGAGCUGUCCUUGCACAGCGGGUUGGUAAGGUCCCUCAUGUCAUUUAUUAUGCUUCUAGGACCUUAGACACUGCACAAUCCAAUUACACCACAACUGAAAAGGAAUUGUUGGCCAUCGUAUUUGCAUUAGAUAAAUUUAGAUCAUAUCUGUUAGGAUCAAAAGUUGUGGUGUUCACUGAUCAUUCUGCUUUGAAGUUUUUGCUAAAAAAGACAGAUUCUAAACCCAGGCUGAUAAGAUGGAUGCUCUUACUUCAAGAAUUUGACUUGGAGAUUAAAGAUAGAAGUGGAGCACAAAACUUGGUAGCAGACCACUUAAGCAGAAUAGAGGGAGUCCCUGAACUCAUUCCCCUCAAGGAUGAUUUUCCUGAUGAACAACUCUUAGAGUUGUGCACAUCACAUGUACCUUGGUAUGCUGAUUUGGUUAAUUUUUUGGUUUCAGGAAUUUUCCCUAUAAAUGCAUCAAAAAUUCAAAGGGACAAAAUUAAGAGCGAUGCCAAACAUUAUGUGUGGGACGACCCUUACUUAUGGAAGUUCUGUAAUGAUCAAGUGAUCAGAAGAUGCGUCCCUGAUGAGGAAAUCCCAUCCAUACUGCAGUUUUGCCACAAUUCGGUUGUGGGAGGACACCGUGGACCUCAAAGAACAGCAAGAAAGGUGUUGGACUUAGGAUUAUACUGGCCCUCCAUUUUCAAGGACUCUUGGCGAACAUAUUCUAUCUGUGAGAGUUGCCAGAGGUCAGGAGGAAUGAUCACCAGGAGACAGGAAAUGCCUCAGCAACCUAUCCUAUAUUGUGACAUCUUUGAUGUCUGGGGUAUUGACUUCAUGGGUCCCUUUCCCUCUUCCUUUGGUUUCUUAUACAUUUUACUUGUUGUUGACUAUGUUUCAAAAUGGGUAGAAGCUAAAGCUACAAAGACUAAUGAUGCUAGAGUUGUUGCAGAAUUCGUUUGCUCUAACCUAUUUUGCAGGUUUGGCAUCCCACGUACCAUCAUUAGUGACCAAGGGAGUCAUUUUUGCAACAAGACAAUGGAGGUCCUGCUGAGAAAAUAUGGAGUUCUGCACAAAGUUUCCACAGCCUACCACCCGCAAACGAAUGGCCAAGCAGAACUUUCCAACAGAGAAAUAAAGAAAAUACUUGAAAGAGUUGUACAGCCCCACAGAAAAGAUUGGAGUCGCAGGCUAGAUGAUGCCUUGUGGGCACACAGAACUGCAUUCAAAGCACCCUUGGGCAUGUCUCCUUACAGAAUAAUCAUUGGCAAGGCUUGCCAUUUACCAGUGGAAAUAGAGCACAAGGCAUACUUCCAGCAGGGGACAUUUCCACAGUUUCAGAAGGAGAUAGACAGACGUGGCUGGGGACUUUUCACUUCUUGUGCAGGCAAUGGGUGGAAGGACAUCACCCAGGAAUUCUAUGCUAAUGCCCUGCGCCUGGAAGAUGACACUUACCCUCCCAGGCACACCAUGGUCAGGGGUAAGCAAGUUAGUUUCACUCCAGCCACCAUCCAGAGGGUUUUAAACAUCCCCCUUCUGCAAAAGCAACCUGGCCAAUUGGAUUUCACUGCAUUCUCCAAACAAAAGGAAAAGGAUUAUCAGCCUAUACUUCAAGCAAUCUGCAUUGAAGGAGAAAAUUGGGAAUUUGAUUGUAAAAUGCAGCCCAAGAAUCUGACCACUAAACACCUUCUCCCUCCUGUCAAGGUGUGGAGUAUCUUUGUUGUCAGCUCAUUCAUGCCAGUCAUCCACACCUCCACCAUUGUAGUAAAGAGGGCAGAACUCAUCUAUGCUAUUCUCACUGGCAUGCCUAUCCAUGUUGGGGAGGUCAUCAGCAGCGCCAUGCUGGAAGUCCUUAAAAGGAGCAGAGAUUCUUUAGCUUUUCCCUCUCUAAUCACUAUGUUGUGCCAGGAUGCAGGUGUUGAUUUUGGAGACUACCAGCAGAGAAUUAGAGCACUUCCUCCCAUUUCCACUGCCUCGGUAAAGGACCUAUUUAAGCCAAAGAAGUCUUCAGACCCCGGUCUCACCUUGCCACCCGAAUACAAGAAGGAAACCCCUGCAACAAUCAAGGAGCAGCUGCAGCAAAUAGCACAGAGGCAGUCUGCCAUCCACUCUGGUCAAACCAGCAUGCUCCUCCUCAUGGAGACCAUGAUGCUGAACAUUGGCAAGAAGAUGGGGAUGAUUUCAGACCAGAUAUAUCAGGCACACCGUUUCCCUGCCCCUUUCCUCCGAGCUACUGUUCAGAAUGACUUGCCCCCAUUCAAUCCCAAUGCUCCCAGAGAUGUCCGCAACUCCAGUUCCUCAGAGGAAGCAGAAGAAGUAGAAGAAGAUGAAGGCGCCACCUCAUCUACCUCUGAUGAAGAUGCCAUUUAGUCCACUUUUCGUGUUUUCUUUUAUUUCUCUGCUUGUACUUAUUUUCUUUUAUUUUCCCAAGUAAUUAGGAACCACUUGUCCUUUUAUUGUCUUUCCGUUCCUGCUUUUAUGUUAUUUUCCUUCAAACAGUUAUGUUACCUCCCUUUUCGUUCUUUUUUCUGAACUCUUGUUAUCAUUGUGCAGAGAUGCCCUCAGUUCCAUCAAGAGGAGCAUCAUUUUACCCUGAACUUUGAAUACACCAUCUAUAAAAGGGGAGUGAACUCUUUGUCUCUAUUUUGCAUUUAUUUGUAGCUUACUUUUCCUG